AUGGGGAACACUAAGAGUGGGGCUUUGUCCAAAGAGCUUCUGGAGGACCUGAAGCUGAACACCAAAUACACAGAGGAAGAGCUCUGCGCAUGGUACACCAGCUUUCUCAAAGAGUGUCCCACUGGACGUAUUACCAAAGAACAGUUUGAGGGCAUCUAUGCAAGUUUCUUCCCAGAUGCUGACCCUACAGCAUAUGCUCGGCACGUCUUUCGCAGCUUUGACACCAAUGCUGAUGGCACUUUGGACUUUAAGGAGUACAUUGUGGCACUGCACCUCACCUCUUCAGGCAAGACUCUACGCAAACUUGAAUGGGCCUUUGCUUUGUACGAUGUAGAUGGCAAUGGGACCAUCAGUAAAAAUGAGGUGCAGGAGAUUGUACGGUCGAUAUUCAACAUGGUUCCUGUUGAAGACCAGAAAAACCUUCCAGAUGAUGAGAAUACGCCAGAAAAGCGAGCAGACAAAAUCUGGACUUUUUUCGGAAAGAAAGAUAAUGAUAAGAUUGGAGAGGGGGAAUUCAUUCAGGGUGUCAUGGAGAACAAAGACAUCUUGAGGUUGAUACAAUAUGACGAGCCAAAGAAGAUUCAAGAAAAACUCAAAGAAAAGAAGCAUUAA